AUGAUGAACCCUCUGCUGAUCCCCUUGACAUACUUCUGUCUUCAAACCUGGCUGGGGAUUCCUCAGGCAAAAUGUGAGGCGCUGAACAUGAUGGAAGAUGCUUUUGACGACCAGUAUCUAGGAUGUGCUAAAGAAAUGGAGAAAAAAGCACCUGAACUGCUAGAGAAAGAAAAGUCCAUGUCCUCAGUGUUUAGCAGGGUGUGGGAAAAUGCACACAAAAAAUGGGAAAAUGUGAAAAGUUCUUCUCCCCUCAGGAACUAUGAGGAUAAGUAUGGAAUAGCCCUAGCAGCCUAUACUGACAGCACCCCCCAAGACAACGGCGAAGCUUUUUCAACUACAUUUAAUGAAGCAGUGGAAAGUGCUGGGACAUCUCGAGCUUAUUACAUGGCCCAUUUCCGGUUCAAAGCCUUUCAUUAUUAUUUGACAAGAGCUUUACAGCUCUUACGGAAGGAGUGCAAUAAGGUGUACCGAGGGGUUUCUAAACGUUUUAAGUAUGAGGAGGGUGACAUCAGGUUUGGACGCUUUGCCUCUUCAUCGUUUAGUGAAAGAGUGGCUGAGGAAUUUAGUAACGGGGGCACUCUCUUCACCAUCCACACGUGCUUCGGCGUGAAGAUCCAGGCCCUGUCAUACAAUCCUCACCAAGAAGAAGUAUUAAUCCCAGUCCAUGAGACAUUCAGUGUGUCCCCCCAAGGGAAUAACCGCUUUGUCCUUCGGAGCACAAACCGGACCUGCAGCCAUUUUAACUGCACGUACCUGGGCGGAGAGAAGAUCGAAGCAUGUGUUAACAACUCUGCUACCAGAAGAGGACUGGCCUUCCCCGGUGUUCUGAGCCCUUCACUGUUUGGAGGAUCCGUCAUCCUGAUCCACGUUGCUGCUCUGAAGCUGUUUGCUGGUUUCUAAACUGUCCUAUUUGUGUUACUCACUUUUUCUCUCUAACACAAAUCAUGGUGAUGGGACUUGUCAGAUCCAAAGCCGUCCUGCUAUGCUGCCAGCGUUCCAAAGGGAAACCAGGAACCUGGAGGGAGUGUCGCUGGUACCUGCUUGGGCAAGCUUUGAUUGUACGUUAUCGAUGAGUAGAUCGAAAUGGAAGCUCAUAGUUCU